AUGUCUUUGGCCGUAUGGGCUGGCCAAUGGCAGCCUCAGGCCAGCGGUCUUGCAAGCUUGCUCGUGUUGGUUGGUUGGUUGGUUGGUUGGUUGGUUGGUUGGUUGGUUGGUGCAUUGGUGCAUUGGUGCAUUGGUGCAUGGCCGUGGGCCCUUCAGAACGCGACACACCCCAUCGAGACCCUCAUCACCGAGGCCCGCAACCACCAUGCCGCCGUCCUGGGCCGCCAGCCCAAGGACCUCGCCGACGCUGCCGCACAGUACCGCGAGCGCCGCGGCCGCCACCCGCCCCCGGGCUUCAACGCCUGGUACGACUACGCCGUAAAGCACGACGCCCUCAUCGUCGAGUCCUUCUUCGACCGCAUCUAUGCCGACCUGCGGCCAUUCUGGGCGCUCGACCCAAAGACCACUGCCGAGCGCGCCGCCACCUGGCACCACGUCAUCAAGGUGCGCAACGGCCAUGCUGAAGGGCACGGCAAUACCGAAGGGCUCGUCCCCUGGCUGCAGCUGUGGACGGGUCUCGUCGCCGAUGCCGCGCCGUACCUGCCCGACGUGGACAUGCCGAUCAACAUGAUGGAUGAGUCGCGGCUGCUCGUGCCCUGGGAGGAGAUUACGGGAUUUGUGAAAAAGGAAGGCGAGACGCGGUCGAUGCCGCCAGUGGACCAGGUCAUGACCGAGUACACGGGCCUGUUCAAGGUCGACGCCCAGGUCGUCGAGCUGCAGCCCUACGACCCGCAGUGGCUGCACGACAACCAGUACUGGGACAUGACGCGGGCAACGUGCGACCCGACCUCGCCCGCGCGCGAGCUGCCCCAGGUCGCCAACCUGACCGACUACCCCAAAUUCCCCGAAAAGUACAAGCCGCCGUACCAGUACUUCGGAUAUAUCAAGAACUUCACCGCGUCCAUGGACGUGUGCACACAGCCGCACCUGCGGGAAAUGCACGGAACGUUCAUCGAGCCGCUGUCGAUCGCCACGAGCAAGGAGCUCAUACCCCUCUUCGGUGGGUCCAAGCUGCCGAAUAACAACGAGAUCAUCAUCCCCGGGGCCAUGUACAUCACCGACGACCCAUUCUACUCUGGCGGCAAGGCGCACGGUCCUCCCUGGGCCGACAAGAAGGACGGCAUCGUGUGGCGCGGCGUCGGAUCCGGCGGUAGGCACAAGGCAGAGAACUGGUCGCACUUCCAGCGCCACCGGCUCGUGCAGAUGCUCAACGGAACCACGGUGUCGGGCCUCGAGGGCGAGGCUAUGGCUGCAGGGGGCGGCGGCGGCGCCGCCAUGACCCGGGCCCCGACGUUUGAGAUGCCCUCGAUGCAGAAGUACGACUUCCCCAAGCGCCGCGAGGGCGAGGUCGGCAGCUGGCUGGCCGAGUUUGCGGACGCGGGCUUCGUCGAGCUGCUGUGCUUCCCCAAAGACCAGUGCGAGUACCUGGACCCCUGGUACAGCGUGGUCAAGUCGAUCCCGAUGGCCGAGCAGUACAAGAUCAAGUUCAUCCCGGACGUCGACGGCAACAGCUUCUCGGCGCGGUUCCGGGGCCUCGUGUCGUCCACGUCGCUCCCGCUCAAGGCCACCGUGUACGCCGAGUGGCACGACGACCGCCUCGUGCCGUGGCUGCACUUUGUCCCGCUGGACAACACGCUCCAGGACCUGUACGGGGUGCUCGACUACUUCACGCGGGACGAGAACGGGGACAGCGCGGCACAGUUCCUCGCGGAGCAGGGGACCGAGUGGAGCGCCAAGGCGCUGCGGCGGGAGGACAUGGUGCUGUAUACCUGGCGGCUGCUGCUCGAGUUUGCGCGGGUGUGCGAUGUCAACCGCGAGUUUGUGGGGUUUGUGGACGAUCUCAAGGGAGAAGGAGGUGGCAAGAAGGGGGCCGGCGGCAGCCACCGCACCAGUAGGUCAGAGGAUGGGUGGUAA